CCUGGAGCAAACGGGAGCAAGCGGGAGCCAGCCAGCCGCGCUGCCUUCACAGCUGAGCCCGGCCCAGCCUCGCCUCUCCCAGCCUCUCUCCUUGGCCCCAGCUCCCCUGCGAGCAGCGGCCUAUCUGAAGAGCAUGCUGCCCCCUCGCUCCCCGCCUGGCCUCGCCAUCCCUGCCCCCCCAGCCUGACCCCCGGCCCCAGCAUGGCCCAGGGUGCCAUGCGCUUCUGCUCAGAAGGAGACUGUGCCAUCUCCCCACCAAGAUGCCCACGCCGCUGGCUCCCAGAAGGCCCAGUGCCCCAGAGCCCCCCUGCCAGCAUGUAUGGCAGCACGGGCUCCCUUCUCCGGAGGGUGGCAGGCCCAGGUCCCCGGGGACGGGACCUGGGACGUGUGACAGCACCCUGUACCCCCCUGCGUGGCCACCCCUCACCCCAUCUUGCUCCUUCACCCUGGGGCCCCUCUUCACCCACUGGGCAGCCUCCACCAGGGGCCCAGAGCUCCGUGGUCAUAUUUCGUUUUGUGGAAAAGGCCAGUGUGAGGCCAUUGAAUGGUCUGCCUGCUCCAGGAGGCCUGAGCCGGAGCUGGGACCUGGGUGGGGUCUCUUCUCCCAGGGCCACCCCAGCCCUUGGGCCAGGCUCCAGCCGGAAGUUGCGACUGGAGGCCUCCACUUCAGACCCGCUCCCAGCUGGAAGACGUUCAGCUCUGCCUGGCAGGCAGGGCCUUUUGCACGGGCCACCAGCCCAGCCUCAGGUUGGGGCAGAUGGCCUUUACUCCUCUCUCCCCAAUGGGCUGGGGGCCCCCUCUGAACACCUGGCCACGGCCACGCUAUUCCGAGGAUCUGCUGAGAUUGGACUCCUGAACCAGGAGGACAUCUGGUCCUCCCCUCGGGAAGUCUCCUCUCAUGCCCAGAGAAUUGCUCGAGCCAAGUGGGAAUUCUUCUAUGGCUCCUUGGACCCCCCCAGCUCAGGUGCUAAGCCCCCAGAGCAGGCCCCCCCAUCUUCUCAUGGGGUGGGCUCAGGGCAGGGCUCUGGGGUGGCUGUGGGGCGAGCAGCCAAGUACUCGGAGACAGACCUGGACACGGUGCCCCUGAGGUGCUACCGAGAGACGGACAUUGAUGAGGUGCUGGCCGAGCGGGAAGAGGCAGACUCAGCCAUCGAGAGUCAACCCAGUUCUGAGGGCCCCCCUGGCACUGCCCGCCCACAUGCCCCACGUCCCAGCCCAUGCCUCGAUCCCCGGCCCAGCCUGAGCAGCGGUGACGAGGAUGAGGCAGGUGGGGAAGAGGAUGUGGACGACGAGGUGUUCGAGGCCUCGGAGGGGCCCCGGCCAGGCACCUGGAUGCCUCACUCAGGCCCCCUCAAGUCUCCUGGGCCCUUUCUUCCUGGGACCAGUCCCUCUGCUGACGGCCCUGACUCUUUCAGUUGUCUAUUUGAAGCCAUCUUGGAGUCGCACCGAGCCAAGGGCACCUCCUACACCAGCCUCACAUCCUUGGAGGCCUUGGCCUCACCUGGCCCUACCCAGAGUCCCUUCUUUACCUUUGAGCUGCCUCCCCAACCCCCUGCACCCCGGCCUGACCCCCCUGCUCCUGCCCCACUUGCCCCUUUUGAGCUGGACUCCGGUACCAGCUCUGCUGCUGAUGGGCCUUGGACACGAAGAGGGGAGGAAGAGGAGGCCAAGGCUGGAGCCAAGAAGGCCCCAGAGAGGGAGCCCCCUAGUCCCUGCCACUCAGAGGACAGCUUUGGGCUGGGGGCUUCUCCCCUGGGCAGUGAACCACCCCUGAGCCAGUUGGUGUCUGACUCGGACUCAGAGCUGGACAGCACCGAACGGCUGGCUCUGGGAAGCACAGACACCUUGUCCAACGGGCAGAAGGCGGACCUGGAGGCCGCACAGCGCCUGGCUAAGAGGCUAUACCGACUAGACGGCUUCAGGAAGGCUGAUGUGGCCCGGCACCUGGGCAAGAACAAUGACUUCAGCAAACUUGUGGCUGGAGAAUAUCUCAAGUUUUUUGUCUUCACUGGCAUGACUCUGGACCAAGCUCUCAGGGUGUUUCUGAAGGAGCUGGCAUUAAUGGGUGAGACCCAGGAGCGGGAGCGUGUGCUGGCCCACUUCUCCCAGAGAUACUUCCAGUGCAAUCCCGGAGCCCUGUCCUCAGAGGACGGCGCGCACACGCUGACCUGCGCCCUCAUGCUCCUCAACACGGAUCUCCACGGCCACAACAUCGGGAAGCGCAUGACUUGCGGAGACUUCAUUGGCAACCUGGAAGGCCUCAACGAAGGCUGCGACUUCCCCCGGGAGCUGCUCAAGGCCUUGUACAGCUCCAUCAAGAAUGAGAAGUUGCAGUGGGCUAUAGACGAGGAGGAGCUGAGACGCUCUCUGUCUGAGUUGGCCGACCCCAACCCCAAGGUCAUCAAAAGGGUCAGCGGGGGCAGUGGCAGCAGCACCAGCCCUUUCCUGGACCUGACUCCCGAGCCUGGGGCUGCCGUCUACAAGCACGGGGCCCUGGUGCGCAAGGUGCAUGCAGACCCUGACUGCAGGAAGACACCUCGGGGUAAGCGGGGCUGGAAGAGCUUCCACGGCAUUCUCAAGGGCAUGAUCCUCUACCUACAGAAGGAGGAGUACCAGCCAGGCAAGGCCCUCUGUGAGGCAGAGCUCAAGAAUGCCAUCAGCAUCCAUCACGCCCUGGCCACCCGUGCCAACGACUACAGCAAGCGGCCCCACGUCUUCUACCUGCGCACAGCCGACUGGCGGGUCUUCCUCUUCCAGGCCUCGAGCCUGGAGCAGAUGCAGUCCUGGAUCACUCGAAUCAACGUGGUGGCCGCCAUGUUCUCAGCGCCCCCCUUCCCAGCUGCUGUCAGUUCCCAGAAGAAGUUCAGCCGCCCUCUGCUGCCCAGCGCUGCCACCCGCCUCUCCCAGGAGGAGCAAGUGCAGACCCAUGAAGCCAAGCUGAAGGCCAUGGCCAGUGAGUUGCGUGAGCACCGGGCUAGCCAGCUGAGCAAGAAGGCCCGGGGCAAGGAGGCCGAGGAGCAACGGCAGAAGGAGGCCUACCUGGAGUUCGAGAAGUCCCGCUACAGCACAUACGCGGCACUACUCCGGGUCAAACUGAAAGCUGGCAGUGAAGAGCUGGAUGCGGUGGAAGCAGCCCUGGCCCAGACCGGAAGCCCAGAGGAUGGACUCCCUGCACCUCACUCCAGCCCCUCCUUGCAGCCCAAUACCUCCAAACAGCCCCGAGCUCAGUGUCACAGCUCUGAGCCGAGGGUGGGAGGCGGGCGGCGGAAACCCUGAGUUGGAGUGGGAGACUGUGAGGAUGAGGCCCACAGGCACCUGCAUGAUGUGGUCCUGCCUGAGCCCGGGCCGGCCUCGGGUCACCCACAAGGGCCCUUUGGCUGGGGGCCUGACCGCGCCGGACGCGGUGUCCGGGGCAGGGCAGGGCUAGGGCACAGGCCUCAGGCCCCUCUGAGACCCCCUUUUUGUGAUAAUGUUUUGCACUUUUUUCGUACAGGGGGCUGGGGCGGGAGGGGCCAGGGCCUCUGGACUUUUGAUGCUUUUAUUUUGUGGGGGGAGGCCUGAUGUUUCUGCUUUCUGCUGAGACCACCCCCACCCUGACACCAGCAAUCCCCACCUGGGGCCUGGCUCAAAUAGAGGCCAGGAGCUGGGGCUGAGCUGGUUUUCUCUCCUUCCCCCCUGAGAGCUCACCUUCUAUCUUUCCAGAGCUGGAGGACAGCGUCCAUGCCAAGGCCCGGCACGAGGUUGCGCAGCAUGGCCUUGCUUCCCCUCCGUCAGUGGGCCCCACCCUUUGUACAGCCUCCACCCCUAUUAAAACUGCUCUGGACUUGC